ACCCGCAAUACGUAUAAACGUAGCCGCGAAAAGGAGCGUAAUCCUUAGUGAUCAGAAGGGCCGUGGUGGGCUAUCGCGAGCCAAGGUGUUUUCGAGGCCGGUUGCGGAGAAAUAAUUCUUUGCGUGGUGUUUCGUAACUGAAUUGGAUGGAGAGAGACGAGCUGAUUUCGAUAUUAAAAAUUCAUUAGUAAUCGUUUUUUCAACAUUUGUCGUAUCGCUGGCUGGCUGCCAGCGAUCCUCAAUUUCAUGAAGAAAAUUCGAGGUCGUCGGGCUCGAAGUUGUGCCAAUUUGUUGCUCAAUAAUCUCGAUUAGAAGUACAAUUGUUCCAUUGGUCGUCCGCGAUCGUCGUUCGUUCGUCAUGUGCGCGACGAAGAGAUUAAAGUUUCGAAAAUGAGCGCAGACGCUCGUAAAGAAUGAUGGAAAGGAGAAAAAUAACGUAAGAAAAGUGCGCGCUUCAAUCGGACUCGCGCUUCGAUCCUUUUCCGCAUUCGGAGGAACGCUCUCGCCGGAUCAUUCGAGUCCGCGGAACUCGUGUCCACUCGUCGGAGAUAUGAAGACGGAAGUGGAGGACAUGCCGCCCGAAGGCGUCUGCGAGGGAAGCGUCCAAACGACCCCUGCGGCCGGUGCAACGACUGGAAUCGUUACCAACGUUACGACGGGGAUCAUGGAAUGCGGUGGUUGUGGCGAACGAGUUAGGGAACGAACUGUACUUUGCGUAGGUGGUAGAAGUUGGCACUCGAGAUGUCUCAGAUGUUGCGCUUGCGCUCGACCACUUCACGAUCAACAUUCGUGUUUUCUACGGGGCAUGAGACUUUACUGCAGGCAUGACUACGCUCUUGCAUUUGGUGCUAAAUGCGCAAAAUGCGGUCGAAGCGUCAGCGCCGGUGAUUGGGUGAGACGUGCGAGGGAAAGGGUCUACCACUUGGCAUGUUUCGCCUGCGACGCCUGCUCGAGACAACUGUCAACGGGUGAACAGUUCGCCCUGCUCGACGCUCGAUUGCUAUGCAAGGCUCACUAUCUGGACGUCGUCGAGGGAAACAACACCUCGUCCGAUGAAGGUGGCGAUUCGGAGAGCGGUCACAAAGGUGGCAACAAGGCUAAAAGAGUAAGGACGACGUUUACCGAGGAACAGUUGUCGGUUCUUCAGGCGAAUUUUCAACUGGACAGCAAUCCCGAUGGUCAGGAUCUUGAAAGGAUAGCACACGUUACAGGGCUUAGUAAAAGGGUCACUCAAGUUUGGUUUCAAAAUUCGAGGGCGAGACAGAAGAAGCAUUUGCAUACCGGGAAAAUGAAGGGACAGCACGUUCAUCAAUCGCCGCCGAAUUCUUCUGCUUCGCCAGCCGAUUUCGGAAGACACAUAAACCUCCAUCUCACAUAUUCUUUUCAACACCAACAACAACAUCAGCAGGGACAACAUCAAACGCAACUCAGUCCUGCAGUCUGUAAAAGUCCAACACCGUCGAUGUACCACACUCACGGGUCCGAGCAAUCGAUGGACGAGCUGUCCCAAGAUUCGGUGAUGCUCACGAUGUCGAACGAGGUCUGAAAAAUGAUGAAGCAUCGAGUGUUUAUAAGCGCCACUAUUCGCCUCCGUCUUUUCAAUCUCGUCUUGCUGUAAAUAACAUUUAAAUAGUAAAUUGUAGUUUAAGCGACAUAAGUGAAAAAAGGCAUUGAUUAUUGCUCCCAGGAUUCGCCAAACCGGUGAUUCGUUACUCGUCUGUAAUAAGCACAUAAAUCACUCGGAUGUUAUUCGAGUACCAAAGUGUCAGAAAACUUUCUUCUUCUCUCUGGUUCUUUCUCCCUCAACGAGGCUAUGUAAUUAUCAACGGUCGGUCUUGGGUCGCUACGAGAAUCAAUAAUUUGUUUGAAUCCCUCUCGAAUCGAGAUUCCCAGUUCCCCACAAACUUUUCACGAGUUCGCUUUCACGUCAAAAAAACAUUCGAAGAAAAAAAAACUGAAAUUGACAAUUCAAAACGUUUCUAAAACGCCAAUUGUUUACCUUUUCGUUACAAUAUCCUCUGAAAAUAAAUUGAAAGUUGGGAUACAAAAAUGUACUCAAUGGAGAGAGAAGAUAUUCUGUAAUUUUUUAGCACCGAAUUAGUAUUCAAAUUUCACUCGAUCUAAUCGGGCGUAAACUCCGGCUAAUUAGCUUUUUCGUUUUACAUAUAUUUUUAUAUAUAUGUAAAACUGAAAUUAUUUAUAAAUAAUAGAUUGAACUUUCAGAGCAUUUGUAGAAAGUUCCCUAUUCGAAAAUGGUGCGAGGAUUUAAAGCAAAUGUUGAAUGUUCGAGGAAUUUUUUUCGAUCUAACUAUUUUGCUUCGUAUUCUGGAAAAUAUUUUUAAAAUUCGCCUAUAAAGGCACAAUUAUUUUUCGACGAUGCAAUAUUAGAGAAUCGGCGAACAAAAAUUCUUCUUCAAAAUGACAAUUCCAAAAAUCCCCCAUUAAAGCUUCUUUCCUGAGAGAAAUAAAAAACAGUUGGACUCGUUAAAAAUUCCUCAAACAUAAAAAAUUUACAUAUAUUAUAUUUCAACGUGUAAAUAUUGUAAACUAAUUAGUUAUACAACGGAAUUUGAAGGAAAAUACAAAGAAUAAUACACGUA